AUGUCUUCGACAGCCAUGUCAUACUACCCUUCCGGUACUCCCGAGUUCGAACCCAUGUCCCCUUGUUUUGAGGACAGAACUCAUCCCGCUUCCCUCUCAGUCUGUGGUAUCCACAACCCUGCUCUUCUCGAGCUCAUCCGAACCGAUGUCUCCCGUGAGAUGGUCUACUACCUCGCCGACCGAACAUCAUCAGUGAUUGCUUGCUCCACUAAGAUCGCUUUCCCCCCUUCCCCUCCCCCUACACCAGUAAAGGACAGCCACCAAUCACCCGGUCUUCCAUCUUUAGAGACCUUCAUUGCUGUUGUCUGUGAACAAUCAAAUGUUCAAGUAUCCACCCUGCUCGCUACCCUUGUCUACCUUGAAAGAUUGAGACAUCGAUUACCUAAGGUCGCCAAAGGUAUGCCAUGUACCAGACAUCGAGUAUUCCUUGCUACUCUCAUCGUCGCCGCCAAAUACCUCAACGACUCAUCACCCAAAAACAAACACUGGACUAAAUACGCUCAAAUGUUCUCAAUUGCCGAGAUCAACUUGAUGGAGAAGCAAUUACUUUACUUGCUCGAUUACGAUUUAUCAAUUGGUGAAGAAGAAAUCGUUGAAAACUUCGAGCCUUUCCUGUCUCGAUACACUUUCGACUCACCUUACACAUCAUCAUCAUCACCUGAGCUUCCCAACACUCCUCCUACACCCGUUCGAAUGCCUUCUCAAUCUACCCCUAGACGACAGGGUCACCGACGCGUCUCAUCAAGAGGUGAUGUCACUUACAUCGCACCACCUCUUGAUCGAUCAGGCUCUUCAUCUUCCCUCGAAUCAGAAGACAUGCCUCUUACACCUCAACAGGUAUCAUCACCAGUCAUGUCAAAAAGCAAAUCAGGCGUUCGAUCAGUGUCUUCCGCUCAAAUCCAAGUACCUCCAGCGAUUUACGAAGCUCCUUCUGCAGGCAACUAUGCUCUUCCUCGAUCGAUGACCACAAGUUCAUUGGCCUCUCGAGGUUACGAGGGUAAACCCGCUCUCGUAUCUGCCCCUGUACCUGUACCAGUGAAGGAAGGUUUCUUGAACCGAUUGCUUCGAUCAGAUAGACGACAAAAACCUCGAAGUAGAUUAGAGGAAGAUGAGGAAACAGUAGCUGCUCUGUCAUGGACUGCUGUGUAA